UUGCUCAUUUUUUGCAGAGGUCUCUAUCCGCGUUCAUGGACAUUGUUUGACGUUAAGGAUGUUAACGUCAAAGUCAUAAUCCGGCAAGUGUCGCCAGUUUUACCAAAUAAUUACGAGGAUUCAAGUCUUCCAGUUAGUUGCUUUGUUGUAACUGUUCAAAAUGAUAGUGCUGUUGAUCUUGAAGUGUCAAUCGCGUUUACAUUUCGAAAUGGCACCGGAAAUCGUCGUUGGGAAAAUGAGUCGGAGUGCACUUUUGCCAAAUUCACAGAUGGGAAUGUGAGCGGUAUAACACUGGCACACACUAUCUCGCAUCUACCGUGCACCUAUGGCAUAGCGACUUCAUAUAGCGAUGACUACUCAAGUCAUGUCUCGGUUUGCCAUGGAUUCGACCCUUCAAAAUCAGGCGCCGCCGUUUGGAAUUCUCUUCUGAAUACUGGUGAUCUUCCAGUGCAAGAUGACGAGUCCCCUACGAGUCCAUCGGAAUUAGCCGUUGGUGUGUGUAAUCGUUUACUACUACCCAGUAAAUCAAGUAGGACAGCGGUUUAUGCACUAGCAUGGGAUAUGCCCGAUGUCGUAUUUGGAGCAUCAAAAAGAUGGUAUAAAAGACGUUAUACUCGAUUCGUUCGAGGUGCUUCUUGUCUUUGUUCUCGAGCACUUAGCCGUCUUGUCCAGUGGGAGCGUGCCCUAGACGAGUGGCAAAACCCCAUACUGGAACAUCCCAAUCUUCCUGACUGGUACAAAUCGGCUAUAUUUAACGAGUUAUAUUUCAUAACUGAUGGAGGGUCGCUCUGGUUUGAGUUUGACGAUGGGUGGUCGAAGCACGAAACCCAUCUAAGUGACUAUACAAAGAGUCUUAUGCGUCAGUAUGGGCGAUUUGGUUAUCUCGAAUCUUGGGAGUAUCGCAUGGUAAACACUUAUGACGUCCAUUUCUAUGCUUCGUUUGCGCUGGCGCAGUUAUGGCCGAAUAUAGAACUGACCUUGCAGGCGGAGUUUACUGAUCAAAUUGAGCACUCAGUGGAUACUCACAUAACGUUCCACAUGGAAGGCGACGUUGCGCGACAAAAGACAAGUAGCCGAGUACCACACGAUCUUGGAAACCCUGCUGAUGAGCCGUGGUUGUGCACAAACGCAUAUGUCAUGCAUGAUACGGGUAAAUGGAAGGAUCUAAACUUGAAGUUUGUUCUCGCUUCGUGGCGUGACCAUAUUGCCUUGCCACGAUCACUGAACGAUUUCUCGCUUCUUGAGCACACAUGGCCAGCAGUACAGAAAUUGAUAUCUGAAGCAGUGCUACAUUGGGACCAGGAUGGUGAUGGAAUGAUUGAAAAUUUCGGUAGAGCUGAUCAAACAUACGAUGCUUGGCGAAUGGAAGGUGUGAGUGCCUACUGUGGCUCGUUGUGGUUGGCCUCACUUCGAGUUGCAGCUGAAAUGGCGCGCUGUUUGGGAUAUGAAGAAUAUGAGAAGCUCUACAUGGACAUGUUGACACGGGCCAGAAAGGCUUUCAUUGACCGAUUGUGGACUGGAUCAUAUUUCCGAUUUUGUGAGCGUUCUCGAAGUCGUGAAUCGAUUAUGGCAGAUCAGUUGUGCGGUGUUUGGUUUUUGCAAUCAGUAUCGCCUCAUCUUGCUGCCGAUGUUCUACCCAACCACAUGGUCCGUUCGGCUUUGAACAAAAUUUAUGAUUUUAACGUAUGUCGAUUUGCUAGUGGAAAAAUGGGAGCAGUGAAUGGAAUGCAUCCCGAUGGGCGGGUAGACAGAGAAUAUAUUCAGGCUGAUGAGGCAUGGACAGGAGUAACGUAUGCUGUCGCUGCGUUUCUUUUACAACAAGGAGAAGUGGACAAAGCAUUUCAUACGGCUUCUGGCUGUUACGAAGCGUGCUUCGAACGUGCCGGAUUACAAUAUCAGACACCGGAGGCUAUUUAUGAGACGAGGUUCUACCGUGCCAUUGGUUACAUGCGACCGUUGAGUAUUUGGGCAAUGCAGUGGGCUAUAAAUCGUCAUUGUGACCUAAGUUUAUUGAAAUAUGAAAUGUCAUCAAAUGAGAAGACGCAGCUUUCCAUAAAGAAACUGGUGCGAAUUCGUGCGGGCGACGAUUCGACGAGCGAGGGUUAUGCAAGUGAGGAAAGAGACGGUAAACAGUGA